GGCGCAGCCGCGGAGGAUGGGGUGGUGUAGCCGCUGCUCCGGGCCGCCGCCGUCGCUGUUGCUUCUGCUGCUGCUGCUGCUGCUGGCGGUGUCCGGCGCUGGUGCGGCCCCGCGCUCAGCGCUUUACUCGCCCUCCGACCCGCUGUUGCUGCUGCAGGCGGACACGGUGCGCAGCACCGUGCUGAACUCCCGCAGCGCUUGGGCUGUGGAGUUUUUCGCCUCUUGGUGCGGCCACUGCAUCGCCUUCGCCCCAACGUGGAAGGCGCUGGCCAACGACGUUAAAGACUGGAGGCCGGCGCUGAGCCUCGCUGCCCUGGACUGUGCUGACGAGACCAACAGCGCUGUCUGCAGAGACUUCAACAUCCCCGGCUUCCCGACCGUGAGGUUCUUUAAGGCCUUCUCCAAGAGUGGCCCGGGAACGAUAUUGUCAGUGGCGGGCGCUGACGUGCAGACGCUGCGGGAGAGGCUCAUUGAUGCACUGGAGACCCACAGUGACACCUGGCCCCCUGCCUGUCCCCCACUGGAGCCUGCCAGGCUGGAGGAGAUUAAUGGGUUCUUUGCAAGGAACAACGAACAGUACCUGGCCCUGAUCUUUGAAAAGGAAGGCUCCUACGUGGGAAGAGAGGUGACCCUGGACCUGUCCCAGCGCGAAGGCAUCGCAGUGCGCAGGGUCCUGAACACAGAGGGCGACGUGGUGAGCAAGUUUGGUGUCACUGACUUCCCGUCUUGCUACCUGCUGUUUCGGAAUGGCUCCAUCUCCCGGGUUCCUGUGCUUAUGGAAUCCAGGUCCUUCUACACCACUUACCUGCAGAGAUUUUCCGGGGCCAUCCGGGAGACCGCCCAGACCACGGCUGCGCCAGCCACGGCUAAUACGGUGGCUCCCACCGUGUGGAAAUUUGCAGACCGCUCCAAGAUCUACAUGGCUGACCUGGAGUCCGCCCUGCACUACAUCCUGCGGGUAGAGGUGGGCAAGUUUUCCGUCCUGGAGGGACAGCGCCUGGUGGCCCUGAAGAAGUUCAUGGCAGUCCUGGCGCAGCACUUCCCUGGCCAGCCCAUGGUCCAGAACUUCCUGUACUCCAUGAGCGACUGGCUGCGGAGGCAGCAGAGGAAGAAAAUUCCCUACAGCUUCUUUCAGACGGCCCUGGAAAACAGGAAGGAGGGCGCUGUGAUUGCCAAGAAGGUGAACUGGGUCGGCUGCCAGGGGAGUGAGCCGCAUUUUCGGGGCUUUCCCUGCUCCCUGUGGGUCCUCUUCCACUUCCUGACCGUGCAGGCGACGCAGAAAAAUAUAGACCCCUCUCAAGAAGCAGCCAAGGCCCAGGAGGUCCUGCAGGCCAUCCGUGGGUACGUGCGCUUCUUCUUCGGCUGCCGAGACUGUGCCGAGCACUUCGAGCAGAUGGCUGCUGCCUCCAUGCACCGGGUGGUGAGCCGGGACAGCGCCGUCCUCUGGCUCUGGUCCAGCCACAACAAGGUCAACGCCCGCCUCUCAGGGGCCCCCAGCGAGGACCCCCAGUUCCCCAAGGUGCAGUGGCCGCCCCGUGAACUCUGUUCUCCCUGCCACAACGAAAUCCGGGGGACUCCUGUGUGGGACCUGGGCAGCACCCUCAGCUUCCUGAAGACCCACUUCUCCCGGAGGAACAUCGUCACGGACUUCCGUCCCCCGGGGCCAGACCCCCAGAGCGCUGCGCAGUGGAUGGCAGCCAUCCCAAAGCCAGAGCUGCCGGCCCGGAAUUCCACUGUGGGCCCUGAGGAGGCGGAGAUCAUGGUAGGCCCAGGGACAGAGCUCCCCGGGACUGUCGCCCUGGAUGUUUUAGCGGAGAGACUUGGGGCCAGUCGCCCCCCAGAGGUGCCAGCAGGCCUCGGCGUGACCGGAGCUGAGCUAGACCAGGGCCUGCCUGAGCACAUAGAGCUUCAGAGGGAGGAGGUGGAGCCGCCAGAAGGGCGGCGACCCUUGACCAAGCGAGACACGGGAGCCGCAUUGCUGGCCGAGGUUCUGGCCGAGAAGAACCUCCCCAGGGGCUUCUCAGAGCUGAGACGAGUGGGCCGCAGCUCCAAGCAGCUGGCCAGUGUCCCCGAGGGGGAGCCAGAGGCUGGGGCCAUGCGGGGCCAGGGCCCGUGGCUGCAGAUGCUGGGAGGGGGCUUCUCCCACCUGGACAUCAGCCUCUGUGUGGUGCUCUACUCCCUGUCCUUCAUGGGCCUGCUGGCCGUGUACACCUACUUCCGGGCCAGGAUGAGGGCCCUGAAGGCCCACGCGAGCCAUCCCGCUGCCUGAGCCGCCCACCUUGUUGCGGGGGGUCGGGCGGGGCGGCAGCGAGAAAGGGAGCUGCAGCCCCUGGGGCUCUUCCGGCGCCCUGCCCUCGUCUCCCCCUUGCUCCUUGGCCAGGGAAGUCCAGGAAAACCAGAUGCUCCAGUGAACCCUCCUUGGUCCUUGUGGGAAGGGGUGUUCAGAGACACGAAGACACGCACAGGGUCCAGCUUCAUCUGGCAGCACAGGGA